GCCGGCCCGGUGCGGCGGCGGGAGCCUAUAAAGGAUGCGGCGGCGGCCGCGCCGCCCCCCGCGCUCCCGGUGCCGCUCCGCUCCGGUGCCGCUCCGCUCCCGGCCCCAACCCGCUCCCGUCCCGCUCCGCUCCGGCCCGGCCGCACCAUGAGGGAGAUCGUCCACAUCCAGGCGGGGCAAUGCGGCAACCAGAUCGGCGCCAAGUUCUGGGAGGUGAUCAGCGACGAACACGGCAUCGACCCCAGCGGCAACUACGUGGGGGACUCAGACCUGCAGCUUGAGCGCAUCAGUGUCUACUACAAUGAGGCCUCUUCUCACAAGUACGUGCCUCGCGCCAUCCUGGUGGACCUGGAGCCGGGGACGAUGGACAGCGUGCGCUCGGGUGCCUUCGGCCACCUCUUCCGCCCUGACAACUUCAUCUUUGGGCAGAGCGGUGCCGGGAACAACUGGGCAAAGGGGCACUACACAGAGGGGGCCGAGCUGGUGGACUCGGUGCUGGAUGUGGUGCGGAAGGAGUGUGAGAACUGCGACUGCCUGCAGGGCUUCCAGCUGACCCACUCGCUGGGCGGGGGCACCGGCUCGGGCAUGGGCACCCUGCUCAUCAGCAAGGUGCGGGAGGAGUACCCCGACCGCAUCAUGAACACCUUCAGCGUGGUGCCGUCCCCCAAGGUGUCGGACACGGUGGUGGAGCCCUACAACGCCACGCUCUCCAUCCACCAGCUGGUGGAGAACACGGACGAGACGUACUGCAUCGACAACGAGGCGCUGUAUGACAUCUGCUUCCGCACCCUCAAACUGGCCACCCCCACCUACGGCGACCUCAACCACCUGGUGUCGGCCACCAUGAGCGGCGUCACCACCUCCCUGCGCUUCCCUGGCCAGCUCAAUGCUGACCUCCGCAAGCUGGCCGUCAAUAUGGUGCCCUUCCCGCGGCUGCACUUCUUCAUGCCGGGCUUUGCCCCGCUGACGGCGCGCGGCAGCCAGCAGUACCGCGCCCUCACCGUGCCCGAGCUCACCCAGCAGAUGUUUGAUGCCAAGAACAUGAUGGCCGCCUGUGACCCCCGCCACGGCCGCUACCUCACCGUGGCCACUGUCUUCCGUGGCCGCAUGUCCAUGAAGGAGGUGGAUGAACAGAUGUUGGCCAUCCAGAGCAAGAACAGCUCCUACUUUGUGGAGUGGAUCCCCAACAAUGUCAAGGUGGCCGUGUGUGACAUCCCACCACGGGGGCUGAAGAUGUCCUCCACCUUCAUCGGGAACAGCACAGCCAUCCAGGAGCUCUUCAAGCGCAUCUCGGAGCAGUUCACAGCCAUGUUCCGCCGCAAAGCCUUCCUGCACUGGUACACGGGCGAGGGGAUGGACGAGAUGGAGUUCACCGAGGCCGAGAGCAACAUGAAUGACCUGGUGUCCGAGUACCAGCAGUACCAGGACGCCACGGCCGAGGAGGAGGGUGAGAUGUACGAGGACGACGAGGAGGAGUCGGAGGCGCAGGGCGCCAAGUGACGCCCGCCGCCGCCCCCCGGCACUGCCCGCAGCCCCCCCGGCUUCGCGCUGCUGCACCCCCAGGUGCUCCCCCUGCCGUCCCCUCAGUGUCUCCUGGUCCCAUCCCCCUCUGAGCCGGCUCGGCCCCUCGCCCCCCUUCCUACCUCCCCCCUUUUCGUUUUUUACUGGUUUGUGUCUUAUUAU